UUCGGUUAUUGAUAGUUUGGAAAAUACUGGUUGUGAAUAAAUGUAAUAAAUUAAACCAAAUAUGUAUUUAUUCAUAAAUUUACAAUAAUCAGUUUUUACUUAACCGAAAUCAUUUAAUGCAAAGUCAUAAUGACUUUCAUGACACUGGCCCACUAUCUACAAAUAAUAGACCGGAGUUGGAGGGCACAGGAUGGUGCAAAAGUCGCUACUUUUAUAUCCCUCCGUCAUGAACAUGCCAAGUACGGCAACUACCAGCUGGAAAUGCCCGAAGGUCUCGUCGACAAAUUCCUGAUAGCACCAGCGGACGAACUAGUAAUUUUGCACUUGAAAUGUCUGUAUUACAUCGGAAAAGAAGACUUCUUAGGCGCUUACCAACAGCAGAGUACGCUGGUACAAAGUUUCGCGAAAAUUUUACAAGCACAGAAAGAAGAGAAUUGGUCUUUACCGAUCAUGUAUACGAUUUGUUCAGAUUUAAGACUUAUCGCUCAGCAAGCGGAGAAGCAGAAAGUAGGGGUUAACGAGAAGCCUGGAGAGAUUUUAGAGAAGGCAGCCGAGUGUUUAAUGGGGUGUUUCAGAGUGUGUGCUGCCGACAAUCGUUCUGGAGAAGAAGACACAAAAAGAAUAGGCAUGUUAGCGCUAGUGAAUCAGUUAUUUAAAGUUUAUUUUCGGAUUAACAAACUGCAUCUGUGCAAGCCUUUGAUAAGGGCCAUAGAGUCUUCACCUUUCAAAGAGAGCUUCUCGCUCAGUCAGCAAGUCACGUACAGGUACUUUGUGGGGCGAAAGGCCAUGUAUGAUAGCAACUACAAAGCGGCCGAUGAAUAUUUAACAUACGCCUUUGAAAACUGCCACAAAUCAAAUCGGAAGAAUAAACGUUUGAUUUUGAUAUACCUAGUUCCUGUCAAAAUGCUUCUAGGUUAUAUUCCGAGUAAAAUAGUGUUAGAAAAAUAUGACGUUACACAGUUUUGGGACUUAGUUCAAGCAGUGUGCCAAGGCAACUUGAAGCUAUUCGACGAAUUGAUGGAAAUGCACGAGACCUUCUUCAUUAAAUGCGGUAUUUACUUAAUUGUGGAUAAAUUGAAGAUCAUAGCGUACAGGAAUUUGUUCCGGAAAGUGUACUUGAUACUGAACACUCACCAGAUCCCUGUCGAGGCUCUACAGUGCGCUUUGGAGUACCUGGGACAAGACGUGGACUUAGACGAGACUCAAUGUAUAGUGGCAAAUCUUAUUUACGAGGGGAAAAUCAAAGGGUACAUAUCGCAUCAGCACAGGAAAGUCGUCGUUAGCAAGCAGAAUCCGUUCCCUGCUUUGACUAGUUUGACUUGAACGAUCAAUUUUUUGCAUUAAUUUUGAACAUUGUUUAUAUACGUUAUAAAAAUUGUUAGAAAUAGAGAGUGGUAAAAUGUAAA